AUGGCUUCCUCCCCCGCCGCCUCCAUACGCGGAUCUUUCGACCUCCACGAAAGAGAAAUGGCAAGAAUUCAAGCGCUCAAGCGCCCAGCGAGAAUCCAUGGGGAAGAAGUCAUUGCCGAACGACUGAUUGCCAAAACGCGGGCACAGGUUUGGAAGCAAAAACGGCAAAACAAUGGUGCAGAUGUACCCGUGCUAGGCCUGCCGGGUACGGAUGAGUGGAAUUCGGACUCUAACAACUACGAAUCCGAGGACGACACUACGUCGGUUAUAUCCUCAGGGUACGAAUCGGCAGACGCUCAUCAAGAACCUACAGGUUCAGUCCGAUCAGCACGCCCAUUCGCAGUCGUGAUCCCACCACUAUCAGAAGCUACAAGACAAGCGAUGAAUAGAAAAGCUCAAUACGAUUGA